AUGAAGCUCCUCCGCACCACGACCACAAAUCGGGCGAUGCGGGUGGCGUUGCUGCUCGCGCUGCUAUCGAGCCACCUCCUCGUCGUCGUGUCGAGCCAGGAAGCCACAGGAGUCCGCGGCGCCUUUGCGCCCGUUUCGGCCUUCUUCGAUAGGACGUGGAGGCGAAUCGGCGGCAGCGCGCGAGUCGAAGGGGCUGCUGCUGUCCCCGAGUUCACAAAAGGCGUACCGCCGCGUGGCUCGUCUCGAUGGCGUUGGACGCCCUUUCAAUUGGCGAAGAAGACGUCGCGUGCGGAGUCGAGGGCGCAGGAACGAGCGCGCUCCUCGUCGCUGCGCGUCUCGACCAUCCUCGUCGCAACCGACGCCUCUGCAGACGCACAACGACGUCUCUUCCUCAUCGACCGCGAACUUCAAUCCCGCUCCGCCGACGCACAGGCCGGUACGAACCCGACGCUGCUGCAAAAGAUGAUGCGGUUCCAGGUGCUGGCGUCGCGGGGUCGAGUCAAGUUCCACUACGGCUCGCUGACACGGAGCGCCUUUGGCGGUCUGACCGCGUCGUGGCGCGUCAUCGAAGAGGUGGACGCCAUGUUCGAGCGAGGGCUGAGCAGCGUCAACGAUCUCGCCGCGUUCCAGGGACGGCUGGACGAGGCGCGACUGCUCCUCGCCAAGACCAUCUUCUCGCACAGCCUACUCCAGAUGAAACUCGGUCAGCUCGACAGGCUCGCCCAGGCCGAGCCGGCCGCCGCGGCCCACCUGCUCGAGGCGAACAGCGGUGGCAAUGGCGGCAUCCAUUACGUCACCGCUACGGUACGGGAGGCCGUCGGCGUCAUCGACGCGCUCGAACGGGAUCUGGCAGCACACCUCGAAGCGAGGUUCAAGCUGCUCGAGGCGUUUCGAUCCAAGGCCGACUCGCUACGGCAGCCGAAAAGGCCGUGGUGGCGCCUCGGCAGGCGGCCUGGUCCCACGGCUGCCCGGAUCAAGCUCGAGGAUCUGGAUCCGAGAUACCUGGCUGACGCCUCCGCCAUCGUCAAGGCAGGCGAUGGCUCGGAAGACUUUCGACUGGGCACGUCGUUGCUGCUGCAUCGGGAGUGGAUCGUCGAAAGGCCAGCCACACGGGCCAGAUAG